UUUCGCGUCAGGGAUAAGCUCGCCGGAGGCUUCUCCGUCUCAGCAAAAUGUGGGCAAGCGCAGAAGGUGGUGCUCCGGAGGUCACUCUAGAGACUUCCAUGGGUCCUUUCACCGUUGAGCUGUACUACAAGCAUGCCCCCAGAACCUGCAGAAACUUCAUUGAACUCUCUCGCAGAGGCUAUUACGAUAACGUUAAGUUCCACAGAAUCAUCAAGGACUUCAUAGUGCAAGGCGGAGAUCCCACUGGAACAGGAAGGGGAGGAGAGUCCAUUUAUGGUCCAAAAUUUGAAGAUGAGAUAAGACAAGUUGAAGCACACGGAGCUGGUAUUUUAUCCAUGGCAAACGGGCCCAAUACGAAUGGUAGCCAGUUCUUCAUUACUUUGGCGCCAUGCCCUUAACUUAUAAGGAGUAAACACACCAUAUUUGGAAGAGUUUGUCGGGGGAUGGAAAUUAUCAAGAGACUUGGCAGUGUGCAAACUGACAACAAUGAUAGGCCUAUCCAUGACGUGGAGAUACUGAGGACGUCGGUCAAGGAUUGACACGAGUUCCCUGUUACCCGAGAACUGCUGUUCCUGCAGUAUUGUGUGGAAAACGGGGUUUGUUAUGUUAUCACCUUGCCGAAAGGGGAGGGACCUGGAGCUAUCGACCGGAAAUAUAAUUUUAUCAUGGUUAGGUAAUAGUAGCUGGGGAUCAACAUGAUGUAUAAAUUCUGGAUAGGCACCGAGCCUGCUUCUCCUGCCUUGAAAAUUAAUUUCUUACAAUGGAAGAAGAAAUUCGCGUUUUGAAAUUUUGAGAAUCAGAGAAAAUUUUGAUCCAUUGUAUUAUUAGUACUAUCUAAAAUGAACCGAUAUUGGAACUGGUUGAUUUUUUUUUUUUUGGCUUUGAAUAUUGGAACUA